AGUUGCCCCACUGCUCCUGACGGCGCCCUCCGAGGCUGAAGCGUCCUCAGGUUUCACGUGGAUUUACCCAGUAAUGGAUGGCCAUACCGAGGCCAGAUUGGGGAAGUUCAGCGUCAAGGACACCAGGGCACUGAAAACUUCAAAAAGAAGACUCUUUUCAAUAUUUUGGCGAUCUUUCUUCCGAGAAACUUAUGGGAUGUAGCCUUCACCUUUUUACUGCAUUUGGCAUCCAGACGCCUUUUGGAAAGCACCGAUCUAAAUUUAUCCUGUUCUGAAUCAUCACUUCUGAUGCCGUUGCCUAGUUUGCGUGGUGAUAUUUGAUUUUGUACAGUGUUCCUGGGGCUAAUUUUUGAUAUUUUGCUUUUUGUUUAGAAUUUGAAAGUAGCGGCCGUUGAAAGGAGACACAAAGAAUAUACUUGAGGACAUCCAAAGCCGGGUUUUUAUUUUUUAAUUAGAAAAAUAAGAAAUUUCAGUGUGAUUUUUUUUUUCCCCCCCCCCCCUUUAACUUAGAGGAACAAGGAUUAAACAGAAAUUUGAACUUUCAGAAAGAAUUCUUGCUUGAAGAUAAAGAACAGCGCACUAACUACAAAGGAGGAAUCAAUGCUAAGCUUUUAACUGCACUUCCCAAAGUUGCAGAAUUAAGAAAAAUCUUUGAACCAAAGAGGAAAGAACUUUUAGAAAUGAAAAGAAAAGAAAGAAUCGCCAGGCGCCUAGAAGGAAUUGAAACGGACACCCAGCCCAUCCUCUUGCAGAGCUGCACGGGGUUAGUGACCCAUCGCCUGCUGGAGGAAGACACGCCCAGAUACAUGCGAGCCACAGACCCGGCCAGCCCCCACACUGGCCGGUCCAAUGAAGAGGAAGACACUUCGGACUCCUCGGUGGAAAAGCAGACCCGCUCCAAACUCUACCCAGAAACGCCGGGCGUCCAUGCUGACGCCUCCUGUGGUUCGGCUCUCAUGGACGCCCCGGCUCUUGAGUCCAAAGCGGAGAGAAUCGCGCGGUACAAAGCGGAGAGGAGGCGGCAGCUGGCCGAGAAGUACGGGCUAGCGCUGGAUUCCGAAGCCGACUCGGAACCGCUGUCUCGAUACACCAAGUCCCGCAAGGACGCUGAUGCUGCCGACAGAAGGGGAGGGAAAGGCGACAGGCAGGCCGAGCCGGGCAAAGAUUCGAGCUCCCUGUACUCCAGGCCCUGCGUGGCCGAGUCCAAGGACUAUGCCCUCCACGGGAGUGACGGUCUUUCCGACACCGAGGUGCUGCUCAACGUGGAAAACCAAAGACGGGGGCAGGAGCCCAGCGCCCCCGCGCAGGCCCGCGACCUGGCCCCCACGGUUGACGGUUCCUCGUCCUUCCAGUUCUCCGGGCGAGACUGCACCGCCUUCAGUGACGUGCCAAGGUCCCCAAAGCAAAUGCACGCAGUGCCACCCGCCUCCCCGAGCCACUCCGCCGGUGACCCUCCACUCCCCGCGGAGGCGCGAGCCAGUACCGGGAAACCCAAAUAUGAGUGGUUUCUCCAGAAAGAUUCCGAAGGGGACACACCUUCUCUUAUCAACUGGCCUUCCAGAGUUAAGGUUAGAGAAAAAUUGGUGAAAGAGGAGAGUGCUCGCAACAGCCCUGAACUCGCCUCAGAGCCCUUGACUCAGAGGAGACAGCAGCCAGUGCCUGUCCAGUGCUUGUCUUUUCAGUCAGAAAAUUCGGCCUUUGAUAGGGUCUCAAGCAGGGCAGCCGGCUCCACACGACAGCCCAUCCGCGGCUACGUCCAGCCGGCAGACCCGGUUCACACGGCCACGCUGGUGACCUCAGAGAUCCCAGAAAAUGUAUCUGAAUGCAGCUGGGGAGCAUCAGCCACCCAGAGUGUCAGGAAGCCUCCCAGCUUGAAGGUUCUAGAAAGUGAGAGGAAGGAGACUCCAGUUCUUCAUAUUUGUGAAUCAAAAGCAGAGGAGGAUGUGCUCUUCACCGAAGCCCUCAAGGAAAGCAGGGACACGCUUUUGGCUCUGGAGGAUCACGGGCUUGCCAGAAGCCGCGAAGAACCCUCUGGAAGCGACGACUUCGGCAAGCCCGCGGUUAGCACUGCCACCUUCGAACUUCGGAAGGAACCGGAAAGUCCGUCACACCCGCCUCACACUCAGCAACAACCCGCUGAGAGGGUGGUCAGACAGGAAGUGGUCCUGUAUGUUCAGAGCGAGCCUGUGUCCCAAGAUGCCAGGGCGACGGGCCACAAAAAGGAAGCAUUUACCAAGAAGCGCAAGGUCCUCACCCGCUCCCUGUCUGACUACACGGGCCCCCCUCAGCUGCAGGCCCUGAAAUGUAAGGACCCCGCUUCAAAGCAAGAGCACGAGUCACAGACUUCCAAAGCCGAAGGACCCCCCACGGAAGUUGGCGUGCUGGACACAAAGGUCUCUGUCGCCCAGCUCCGAAAUGCCUUUCUGGAGUGUGUCAGUGCCAGCAAGAAACGCGAACUCCAAUCCCGGGUUGAGAGGUCAGCCGAAGGAGUUGGCUUGCCUACCGGUGUGGAACGGGAGAGAGGGUCCCGGAAACCAAGACGCUAUUUUUCUCCUGGUGAAAGUAGAAAGACUUCCGAGAGAUUUAGAACUCAACCUAUAACCUCAGCAGAACGAAAGGAAUCAGAUAGGUCUGCGUCGCAUUCAGAAUUGCCAACUGCUGAGGAUGAAGAAAAGGUAGACGAACGAGCCAAGCUGAGUGUUGCUGCCAAGAGGCUGCUUUUCAGGGAAAUGGAGAAAUCAUUUGAUGAGAAAAACGUUCCAAAGAGACGCUCCAGAAACCCUGCCGUGGAGCAAAGGCUGCGGCGGCUGCAGGACAGAUCCCACACCCAGCCCGUCACCACCGAGGAAGUGGCCAUCGCAGCCACGGAACCUAUCCCUGCUUCGUGCUCUGUGACCACCCACCCCGUCAUGGCAAGACUUCCUAGUCCCACUGUAGCUAAGAGCCCUGUGUCGCCUGCCAGACUACAGGCAUCUGCUCACCACAAGGCUUUAGCCAGAGACCAGGCAAACGAAGGCAGAGAUUCUACCGAGCAAGGUGAACCUGACUCCUCCACUCUAAGCUUAGCAGAGAAGUUGGCCUUGUUUAACAAGUUGUCCCAGCCGGUCUCAAAAGCUAUUUCUACCCGAAACAGAAUAGACAUGAGACAGAGGAGAAUGAAUGCUCGCUAUCAAACUCAGCCAGUCACGCUUGGAGAGGUGGAGCAGGUGCAAAGUGGAAAGCUCAUUCCUUUCUCACCGACUGUUAACACCUCUGUGUCCACCGUGGCAUCUACAGUCCCUCCAAUGUACGCUGGGGAUCUCCGGCCAAAGCCAUCUGUGGACGACAUCCCAGGUGCCACUGACUAUAGACUUCCGUCCUCAAUAGAAAAUCCAGAAUCUCCGGUCAGAAGCAUUCUGAAGUCCCAAGCCUGGCAGCCUUCAGCAGAGGGUAGUGGGAGCAGAGGAAUGUUGAGAGAGUUUGGAGAGACAGAAAGCAAGAGAGUCUUGACAGGUGGAGAUGGUGGCAAAGCGUAUGGGUCCUGUGAGGAAGCAGAGCCAUCGUGCCCCACCCUUAACAGAGUCUGGGAAGGAGACGGCCAUAAGGAGCCCAAGGAUGCUGUUCCGAGAAGGGGAAGCCUGGAACUAGCUCAUCCCCCCGUGGGCCACCUUGGUGACGAACUGAAGGAAUUUUCCAUGGCUAAAAGCAUCGCACAGGGGAGCCCAGACUUGAGGGACAGGCAGCCCUUUGAAGAGAAGGUCGGCGUGGAGAAUGUCCCAAGAAGGAAGUUUUCACUAAGAGCGGCUGACUUCGGGGAGCCCGCUUCCGAGCAGACGGGCACAGCUGCCUGGAAAACUGGUGCUCAGGCUGCAACCCCCGUGUCCCGGAAGCAGCAAGAGCCUUCCGAGCAAGCACUGGAGAGGUACUCCAAGAGUCCGGGUGCGAUGUUUGCUGCCGGAGAGAUCAAAGCGCCAGCCGUGGAGGGCAUCCUCGACUCAGCCAGCAAAACCAUGUCAAUUAAAGAAAGAUUAGCACUGUUGAGGAAAAGCGGUGAAGAGGAUUGGAAAAACAGACUUAGCAGAAAGCAGGAGUAUGGCAAAGCGUCUAUCGCCGGUGGCCUGCACGUACAAGAAACGGAACAGUCCCUCAAGAAGAAGGAAGAAGGAGGAUUUGCAGAUGAUAGUGCCAUUUCUAAUCUGCUUUGGGAACCUGUAUAUGCUUCUACUUAUUCUCCUGCUAUACCUGCUGCCCAUAAAUACCUGUCUUUUGUAUCUAUUAAUCAGCGGGUCACAGAAAGUCGGGAGAGCCAGAUGACUAUCGAAGAGAGGAAGCACCUCAUCACUGUGAGAGAAGAAGCCUGGAAGACCAAAGGCAAGGGAGCAGCCAACGACUCCACCCAGUUCACGGUGGCCGGCAGGAUGGUGAAGAAAGGUUUGGCAUCACCCACUGCCAUAACUCCAGUGGCAUCUCCUAUUUGCAAUAAAACGAGGGGCACCACGCCAGUGUCUAAACCCUUGGAAGAUAUCGAAGCCAGACCAGACAUGCAGUUGGAAUCGGACCUGAAGUUGGACAGACUGGAAACCUUUCUAAGAAGGCUGAAUAACAAAGUUGGUGGGAUGCAGGAAACUGUACUCACAGUCACCGGCAAAUCUGUUAAAGAGGUGAUGAAGUUGGACGAUGACGAAACUUUUGCCAGGUUUUACCGCAGCAUGGACUACACUCUACCGAGAAGCCCCGUGGAGCUGGACGAGGACUUCGAUGUCAUUUUCGACCCUUACGCCCCUAAGUUGACCUCCUCUGUGGCCGAGCACAAGCGCGCAGUAAGGCCCAAGCGCCGGGUUCAGGCUUCCAAAAAUCCGUUGAAAAUGCUGGCAGCCAGAGAAGAUCUCCUUCAGGAAUACACGGAGCAGAGAUUAAACGUUGCCUUCAUGGAGUCAAAGCGGAUGAAAGUAGAAAAGAUGUCCUCCAACUCCAACUUCUCAGAAGUCACCCUGGCAGGUUUAGCCAGUAAAGAAAACUUCAGCAACGUCAGCCUGCGGAGCGUCAACCUGACCGAACAGAAUUCCAACAACAGCGCGGUGCCCUACAAGAAGCUGAUGCUGUUACAGAUUAAAGGAAGAAGACACGUGCAGACACGACUGGUUGAACCUCGAGCUUCAUCGCUCAACAGCGGGGACUGCUUCCUCCUGCUCUCUCCCCAGCACUGCUUCCUGUGGGUAGGAGAGUUUGCAAAUGUCAUAGAAAAGGCAAAGGCCUCAGAACUUGCGGGUUUAAUUCAGACAAAGAGGGAACUUGGUUGUAGAGCUACUUACAUCCAGACUAUCGAAGAAGGAAUUAAUACACACACUCAUGCAGCCAAAGACUUCUGGAAGCUUCUGGGUGGCCAAACCAGUUACCAGUCCGCCGGAGACCCAAAAGAAGACGAACUUUAUGAGACAGCCAUAAUUGAAACAAACUGCAUUUACCGUCUGAUGGAUGACAAACUUGUUCCUGAUGACGACUACUGGGGGAAAAUUCCAAAGUGCUCCCUUCUACAGUCAAAAGAGGUACUGGUGUUUGAUUUCGGUAGUGAAGUGUAUGUGUGGCAUGGAAAAGAAGUCACGUUAGCACAACGGAAAAUAGCUUUCCAGCUGGCAAAGCAUUUAUGGAAUGGCACCUUUGAUUACGAGAACUGUGACAUCAACCCCCUGGACCCUGGAGAGUGCAAUCCGCUUAUUCCCAGAAAAGGACAGGGGCGGCCCGACUGGGCAAUAUUCGGGAGACUUACAGAACACAAUGAAACCAUUUUGUUCAAAGAGAAAUUUCUCGAUUGGACUGAACUGAAGAGACCUAAUGAGAAGAACGCCAGCGAACUUGCCCAGCAAAAGGAAGAUCCUCGGGCCGAAGCCAAGCCGUACGACGUCGCGCGCAUGGUGCAGGUGCCCCAGACCACCACCAGCACGGUGCUGGACGGGGUGAACAUUGGCCGUGGCUAUGGCCUGGUAGAAGGGGACGACAGGAGGCAGUUUGAGAUCGCCAGUGUCUCUGUGGAUGUGUGGCACAUCCUAGAGUUUGACUACAGCCGGCUCCCCAAACAGAGCAUCGGGCAGUUCCACGAGGGAGAUGCCUAUGUGGUCAAGUGGAAGUACAUGGUGAGCACCGCAGUGGGAAGUCGACAAAAGGGAGAGCAUUCAGCGAGGGUGGCUGGCAAAGAGAAGUGUGUCUACUUCUUCUGGCAAGGUCGGCAGUCGACCGUGAGCGAGAAGGGCACGUCGGCGCUGAUGACGGUGGAGCUGGACGAGGAGAGGGGCGCCCAGGUCCAGGUCCUGCAGGGAAAGGAGCCCCCCUGCUUUCUGCAGUGUUUCCAGGGGGGAAUGGUAGUACACUCCGGGAGGCGGGAAGAGGAGGAAGAGAACGCACAAAGUGAGUGGAGGCUGUACUGUGUGCGCGGAGAAGUGCCUGUGGAAGGGAAUUUGCUGGAAGUGGCCUGUCACUGUAGUAGCUUGAGGUCCAGGACUUCCAUGGUUGUCCUCAACGUAAAUAAAGCCCUCAUUUACUUGUGGCACGGAUGCAAAGCCCAAGCCCACACGAAGGAGGUCGGAAGGACCGCAGCAAAUAAAAUCAAAGAACAAUGUCCCCUGGAAGCCGGGCUGCAUAGUAGCAGUAAAGUGACAAUACAUGAGUGCGAUGAAGGAUCGGAGCCCCUGGGAUUCUGGGACGCUUUAGGAAGGAGAGACAGGAAAGCCUACGACUGCAUGCUUCAAGAUCCUGGAAAUUUUAACUUCACACCCCGCCUGUUCAUCCUCAGCAGUUCCUCUGGUGACUUCUCAGCCACAGAAUUCAUGUAUCCUGCCCGAGACCCCUCUGUGGUCAAUUCUAUGCCCUUCCUGCAGGAAGAUCUGUACAGCGCGCCACAGCCAGCACUCUUCCUUGUUGACAAUCACCAUGAGGUGUACCUCUGGCAGGGCUGGUGGCCCAUCGAGAACAAGAUCACGGGUUCCGCCCGCAUUCGCUGGGCCUCCGACCGGAAGAGUGCCAUGGAGACCGUGCUCCAGUACUGCAAAGGAAAAAAUAUCAAGAGGCCGCCCCCCAAGUCUUACCUUAUCCACGCUGGUCUGGAGCCCCUGACGUUCACCAAUAUGUUCCCCAGCUGGGAGCACAGAGAGGACAUUGCUGAAAUCACAGAAAUGGAUACGGAAGUUUCGAAUCAGAUCACCCUUGUGGAAGAUGUCUUAGCCAAGCUUUGUAAAACCAUUUAUCCGCUGGCCGAUCUGCUAGCCAGGCCACUGCCCGAGGGAGUUGAUCCUCUGAAGCUUGAGAUUUAUCUCACUGACGAAGACUUUGAGUUUGCACUAGACAUGACCAGAGAAGAAUACAACGCACUGCCCGCCUGGAAGCAGGUGAACCUGAAGAAAGCAAAAGGUCUGUUCUGAGCGGGAGAGAUGGCUAGAAGAAUCUGCCGUCACUUUCGAUACCCUUGGACCAGGAAAAUGGCAAAUUUUUUUUUUUUUGGACUGGUAUUUAAAAAAAAAAUUUUUUUUUCAUCAGAGUUUUUAAAACCUGAAGUUACUAGCUCUACUGCGUGUCCUGGAUUUGUGUAUUUUGUAAAUGUUUCAGCGAACCCUUUGGAAACUCUCUUUCCACGACUCAGCAGGUCAUGUUAAUAAAGGUGUCCCCGUGUGCACUUAAGUAGCUGUUUCUCAGCAGCUGCUCUCGCACUGCCCUCCUGUUCCAGCUGAGCGUUGCCUACUCUUUUUUUUGAAGCAAUUCUCUUCAUAAAGUGUUAUUUUGAUAGUUUGUGGAUUCUAAAAUAUAUAUAUUUAUAUAAACACCAUAUAAAUCAAAUACGUAUUUAACAAAGCAAUAUUAUUCGAUUCACUUUUAAGAUUUGUUUUCCUUUUGGUGUCAAAACAAUAUGAAAAGGUAGAUGGAAUUGCUUCUGUGGAAUUAGCUCUGGCACCCUUCUGUAUCUUCACACACAGUUCAGAAAUGUCUCCUUCGGCCUUAGGUCUGACUUGUUCUGAGUGCUGCUUCCGGUGCUAAAAUGAACAGAGACAUUUGUACUUUCUGGCACGGGCUCUAAAGAAUCUGUGCGAAUCCACCUUUCAACCUUAAUAUCUUCCCUGAAAUGUAUAGUGCCUUGUUUUUAUGUACAGUUUAUAUACAGAAAAGUUUGCUCUGCGUUUUUUGAUGAUGGUUUGGAACAUUAUCUCCAAUUUUACUCUAAAAAACGGUAGAAAUGAAAAAAAAACAUCUCAAAUUUCUAAAACCUGUUGUAAACAUUAAACAUGCCAUUUUGUGAUACAGGGCUCCAAAAUAAAAGCUUCAGGAAUAAACACAAUAAUUGAUUCACAUCGAA